GUGCACACACACAGGCUGCGGCAGAAGCUGAUAGACGAAGAGGUGAAGACAUGGCACAAACGUUUAAUGGAAAACCAGGAGACCUGAUCGAGAUCAGCCGUUGGGGCUAUCAGCACUGGGCCGUCUACAUCGGAGAGAAUGAAGUGGUUCAUUUAGUUCCAGAGGGUGGUGACUCAUCUGGCUCGUUUGAGCUUCUGAGCAGCAGAGGAGAGGUGAAGCGUGAGAAGCUCACCGACGUGGUCGGCAAUCACCGUUGCCAGGUCAACAAUCUGCUGGAUAACAGCGGUAAGGCUCGUGAUCCUUCCAUCAUAGUGAAGGAGGCCUGUGCGAUGGUGGGCAGCGAGCUACAGUACAACGUUGCCACUUACAACUGUGAGCACUUUGCUACCGAGAUGCGAUACGGCAAGGCAAAGUCUUGGCAGGUUAUAAGAGCAGCUUGGAUCGCAGGCCUCACUGCAGCAGGUGGGGCCUUAGCAGCUAUGGGUGCAGCUCUGUUCAGAUAUUUCGGUAAAGAGGAAAAGGAAGAGAAAAAGGAAGAAGAAAAUGAAAAAGGAAGACUACAGGAAGAAGACAUCAUCAACACUGGCACUAAUGAGACAGAAAAAUGACAAGAAAGAUCUCUCCAUUGUUUGAGUUGAUGCAGCCGACAUUGAUUAUGAUUGAAACUAUUUAAAUAAACAAUUUCACUAGUGCAGACUAGAGAGAAAACGGUAGUUGUGGUUCCUUCAACACAGUUAAAAGACUGGACCUUGAAUCAGAUAAGACAAUAAAGCAUUAAAUCAUC